AUGUCGUCAACAGGAGUCAACGUCCUCCGGUGGUCCGCCCUCGGCGUGGGCAUCUUCUAUGGAUUCUCUCACCAGCGGACGAUCCGCGCAACCCAAAGAGCCGAGCACGACAAGCACGAAUACCAACACAAGCAGAAGCUGAUAGAGCAGGCAAAGUCGGAGUUUGCCAAGAAGACGAACCCCAAGCCGGCUUCCGGGGACGAUGUCGUCACGGACGCCCAAGACCCCAGGUUCGACCUCGAGAAGUACCUGCUCAAGGUGGCCCAAGAAAACCCUUAG